ACACGCAUGAGAGGACCUGCCCUUCGAACAUAUGAACCAAUUUGUUCGUCACUUAUUUUGUUUUUACGCUCCAGGAUGCAGUUAUGCAGUGUGUGCCGCGAACACACACCGAAAUACAAAUGCCCAGCCUGCAAAAUAAGAUAUUGUUCACUUGGCUGUUAUAAGAGGCAUAAAGACACUUGCCUCCCCGUUGAGCAGCCUGCACCGCUUGAUCCCGAAGCUACGGGUUCUUUCAACUCUGAGACGUGGACGGUUGAGGAUCUUCUGCAUGAAGAGGACAUCGUUGACAAAGCGCCUCUGCAGAGGCUCAAGCUGUUAGGUCAGUCGAAAGAGCUCCGGGAUCUUCUUUGCAACCCCCACCUGAGACGACUACUGCGCUCCAUUGACAGCGCAGACAGCAAAGACGUUGCUAUGAAGGCCGCCAUGCAGGAGCCUCUGUUUGUUGAAUUUUCAGAUCGGUGUUUGAAAAUUGUCGAAAAUGAAGACAAAUCAUUGAAAUGAAGCUGAUGUCUUGUAAAAUUGUGCCUGCAUUAGUUUCUCAGAUCACCUUUUUGAAUAUAUUUUUUUAUAAAGUCAAGUUCCUUUAAUUUGUCGAUAUAUAAUCUGUCUUGAUACAGUAUUUAGAGUUCAAACACAUACUGAAAUAUUGUCAAGCUAUCGCUUCCCGAGUCGAGCCAAAAGGCUUUACAGUGCAGCUAUACAGGUUACUUGUGGAACAGCUGAUCACAUGUAAACGAAGUUUAAACUGAAAGGAAAAUGGAUCCAUUAUAUUUUUAUUAACACCGACUUUUAAAUAUUAACAUUUCAAGUUAUACAUUAAUCCUUUGGUACACUGUACACAUUUCAAACCGUCAUGACAGUGAAUCUUUAGCUGGAAAAAGGUUAAGCACAAAUGAAGAUAUAAAAGGAAUUAACAGCAUCUGUGUGCAUAAGAUCAAAACCUAGGACUAAACAUGACAUUACUUAAAGCAAAAGAGGUUCUGCAUAAUAAAAUUACAAAUAUAGUAUAAUCUGA